AAAAAAACAGUACACGAAACAAAACGCACAACAAGAUAGAAAAAUCAUAAGCAAAUUCAACCGCCGAAUAUGAUUGAAUUGAAAAAACAAAAGAAAAUAAAAAAAUGAACGCAGAUCAGCGUGAACAAACAAGAAGAAACAAAUAAAUGCAUUGCUAGAAUAGCUCAGCGCAUAUUAGAUAUAUAUAUAUUUAUAUGAUUGGUGAUUCAGUCAAUUAACGAUUACUCAACGUACAAUUUUUUUUUCUCUUCUAGCGAUUAGCAUUCUGUUGAAAUCACCGACACAAAAUGCCAACUUUAGAGAAAGAUAUUAAAUGCAAUUUGCUUUUUUUUCUUCUUCUCUUCUCCCAUGCUUUUCUCUCUCACUCACUCUCGCUCAUUCGGUCUCCACCUCUCUCGCUCUUGCCGAUCAAAUGCAUUGAAGUCUGACCGCGUGAAACACCGUUUGCAUCGUCCAAACGAUUGGAUAGUUGAUUCUCGUAUUCAACAAGUGUGUGCCCGUUGUGAAAAGCAAAAAAAUAGAAACCAUGUACGGCUAAUGCAGUGUAUGGCGGUAUUUCAGAACAACUUUAAAUCCAUUCAUACUUCUGACCUUUCACUUUUCGCAAUUAAAACCGAUAAUAUGUGUGUCUAAUACAAAUUUCUUGUUGUUGUCGUCGUCGUCUUCGUCUUCGUCGUUGUUGUGGUCGCUCAAUGAAAAAAGAAUGAAUUCAAGUCAAUGCGGUCACGAUGAACAAUAAUCAACAGUAGAAUAAAGUAGAUAUGAAUUCGAUCAAACUUUAUUUUUCCCCGUCAAAUUCAGUGUGGUCGCCUCCAAUUGACUGUUCUGUGUUUGUACAAUUUAUUGACCGCGAGAAAAUCAACCAAUUUUUGUUGAUUGCUACAACACGCAAACACAAACGCACCUCGCCAUUGCCUAAUUCUGACAAAGUUUUGGCAUGUUUAGCCUUCGCGUUCGCAUUCACGUUCGAGUGCUGAUUCGCACGCGCUCUCGCUUGCGCUGGAAUUCCAUCUGAAUAAAUUCUACAUUAAAAAAUUUCCCAAAUGAAUCGUAUGAGAAGCAACCGAAAAAAAAAUUUCUCCAAAAAUUCGAUGGGUCACUUUCACAACGUUUAUAUUCAUUCGACACAACACACUUGAUCACUUGAAUACGUUAUUAUUGUUGGCCGCUCGGUUUGGUUUUUUGUGUGUCAGAAUAUGCAACCAAUGACAUUUGAUUCUGUUGCGCUGUGUAUAUCGACGUGCAUUCGCAUGUAUUCUUCUCAAAGAUAUAUCGACCUAAAGUAUGUUGCACAUGGAUGCACACCAAUACACACACAAACACAAACAUACGCACGAGCCCGUACACAUUUGGGUUUCAAGAGUGGUCGAGAGCUUGAUGAUUCACGUAUCGUAUUCGAUAUUGUGUGUAGAGUGUGCAUUGUGUGUUCGUUUUUCUCUGAUACUUUACGUUAAUGUGCAAAACAUAACGAAACACACAAAAUUUAAUGACUCGCCUCUAAUUUGAAUGUUGUAUUCACUCAAAAUUGCACAUUUUAUGGAGAGGCACGGUGAACCGAUAAGAAGCACAAUAAAAUCAAUGAAAUCGAUACUUUCAAUGUUUCGUGUGCGCUUGUGUUUUUUCUUCUCUUUCGGUCUUAUUUUAUUGUCACAUUCAAUCAAGAAUGACAUUGAUUUUUAAGAAAAGAAAUCCUAUUGUGGAUAUAAAUUAUUGACAAACUAAUAGAGGCCGUGGAUGGCUCAAACGCUCGCGCGCUUAACGGAGCUAAGAGCGUUCAACGAAGAAAACCCAUUCUGAAUGAAAACCCUGCCCACCAACAAUAAUGUCUAGUUUCUGAAUCGGUUGUUUUUAUUUUCUUCUUCUUCUUCUUCUUCUUCUUCUUCUUUAAUUUCAUUAUCGAAAUCAUAUAUCUAAAUCACGUACAAAUGACUAACUGAUACCAGAACACAGAAGCAUGUGACACACAUUUAUAUAGUCUGCUUUUGACUGUAGGGAAAAAAACAACGACAACAUUUCGUUUCAAAGUUUUUCGUUUUCUCUUUUGUGGUUGUUACCGUUUGUUGCUAUUGUUGUGGCUGUCUAUUUCUUGUUGUUGUUGUUUUUUUCUUCUUUUUUUGAAAUAAUAGAACAUUCGCGAUGAGUACUAAACAGACAAAUGGGUUUCAACACACGAUUGUGAAGAUUUGAGGAGUGUUUCUUUUUCGGCGAAAGGGGGAAAAUAUAACUGAAUACUUUGAACAGUCGAAUAUCAAAAUAGUGCGGCCAGUAAUAUUUUGUGAACGGAACACACGAGUAAACGGCGAUAAUCACUGGCCCAAUAAGUGUUAGUCAGCCAGCGAUUAAAGACAAACUACUACGUAAAAUGCAUCAAUUAUGAACGAAGUUGAGAAUAAGUAAAGGAACCAGACGAUAACACAACAAUCAUUCAGAUGUUUAACGUUAAACGAAAAACAAGUGAUCCUUCUUCGGUCGUUCAGCAAUCGAAUUGCAUUACAAAAGAGAAGCCAAAAUUUGUACGUUGCGUAUCGAUAGCUCGUCUAUUUGGGAAUGCGUAUAGUACGCAUCAACAUAUGUCACGCCAAAAAACGGACGCUACCGCAAAGUGUAAAUCGGGUUUAUUGUUUAAAAACCGUAACGGACAUGUAGCCGCGACAGAUAAAUUGAAAAUCGAACGAUUCAAAAAUCGGUCGGAAAGUCAAAUCGAUCAAUCGGUUGGUGUCGAUUGUACCGAUUUUUGUAAAACAGACAAUACGAAUGCGGCUGUUGCUGCCGCCGCCGCCAAUGCUGCUGCUGCUGCCAAUGAAGCUGCCGAUGAGAAAAAAUUACCAAUCGAAGAUUUCUGUGAUGAAAAAGAUUUGAGUGCACGAGCCUUUCGAACGAUAUCAAGAGGAUUGGGUCUUAUUUGGCGUCGAUCGUAUAGCGUCGAAAUAAGCACACCCGAUCCCGAAUACAAAGUCUUUUAUCUGGGCAACGUUUUAACCGGCUGGGCAAAAGGUGACAAUUGCAUCAAAAAGCCAUUGGCAACGUUAUGGCGAAAUUAUACACAGAUCAACAAACCCGAUGUUGCGAUGCGAAUACUGGUAUGCUCAUCCGGAUUGAGGGCCACCACUCGACAAAAUGGUUUAACAGAAUAUUGGUCAAAUCGCAUCACAUACUGUUGUUCACCGAAAAACUACCCACGAGUCUUUUGCUGGAUAUAUCGACACGAAGGCCGUAAACUAAAGCAUGAGCUCCGUUGCCAUGCUGUCCUCUGUCCAAAAGAGUCAAUUGCCGAAGAGAUAUGCAAAACGCUCAAGGAAAAUUUGACGCAAGCGUUAAAAGAGUUCAAACGUGACAAAAUCAAUCGACAAAAUGCUCGACUAUCGCUGGUCAAUUCGUUGUAUGAAAAUCCGAGCAUGCCACGACGUAAGAUAUUGCUGUCGGUUGGUGCGAAUAACUAUCGUCCACCGAUGGAGCGCUCAAAAUCCGCACCAAAACUGAUGGCCAUCGAAGAGGCCGAUGUAGAAGAGGAAAUUUGUUCGAUGCCAUCGUUUAAAAAGAGCCAGAGUCAUAUACCAUAUUCGAAUGUUGACCUGUUCGCGGCCACCACCACCACCACACCCAACUCCGCCACAUUCGAUCGAAAGUAUUGCAAACGUAAUCGCAGCAAUCUAGCGAUGGCCCGUCGUAAUUUAUCAUUCGAACACUCUAAGUCACGAAGUCCAGAAUUUGAGAAUCGUAAAAUUGGUGGCGGCAAAGUGGAUUCACAGUUGAGCAUAGCAAAAGAUUCGUCAUUCGAUGAUGAUGAUGAUUUCAAUAAUCUACUGAUGACAAACGAUUAUGACAUGAAAUCGUCGUUGUCGGGUGAAAUUUUGUCAUAUUUUGAUACCAAAUUGAGUAAAUCGUCGUCGACAUCGCUAAGUCAACCCGAAAUCGAUUCACAUCCAGCUGGUGCAACGGGCACCGGUGAAAAAAUCAACGUUACACCGAUUAGCACAUCAAAUGCAAUGCCACCAUUCGAUUUUGAUUCAUUCAAUUCGACGGACAACAGUUUUUGCAGCUUAGGCACGGAGAGUACGGUGUUUAGCCAAAAUGAAGAAUUGAAUAGUUUAGUUUCUCAAUCAAAGGAUAUGGAUGAUUAUUCGCCAAUCAAAUUGGACAGUUCAAAUUUGGAGAAUUGUACAAAAUUGUAUGAAACGAAUAAUGUGUUUGCAAAUUCAAAUGGAAAUGCCAUUGUACCGUUUGUGAUGGACAGUGAUGAAGGUUCAAUAACAAGUGGUUGUGAAACAUCGAGCAUAAUAACCACAGCACAUAUGGACGAUCUGAUAAAAUCAGAGCGAGAAAUUGAUGCCAUCACACUAUCUCUAUUACGAUUACCACUCAAACAUACCGUAUCGAAUUUGGAACGGGUCUCCGAAUCCGAUCAUCAAAAUGAUGAUGAUCAAUCCAAUAUGCGAACCAAUAAUAAUAACGAAGAAGAUUCCGAAUUUAGUGAUGAAUCGGGUUUUGAUGAAAAUAAUAGCGGAAAGAUGAAUAAUUUCCGAAAUAUGGCCGUGCUAAAUGAUGAAUUGACGACGACAUCGACGGGGACGGAAACGGCGACGGCGAAAAUGACGACGAUGACAACGAAUUGCAAUGCCGACGCGAACAAUAACAUCAAACAGCAUACAUUUAGCUCAAAUACAAUAAAAUCAGUUGGACGCUUGCGGAUAAACAUACCGAAGAAUGCAAAAUCGAUUGAUAUUUAAACAAGAGAAAAAUUGCAGAAGAGCAACAAAAAAGCAUACACAAAUCCAUGAAUGUAUUUCUUGUUUUCAAUUCGUUGGUUUCGAUGAAAACACUGAAGAUACUUUUUUUUUAGUAUUUUUGAGCCAAAUAAGUUGUACAUACAUACACACAAAAUUUCGAUAAUAUAAUUUUACUGCACGAAGAUAGUUUUUUACACACACAUAUAUUAUUAUUAUAUAUUACUAUUAUUAUUUGGAGGAAAUCAAAUGACUAUUAAGCAAUGGUGCAAUGUUUAUUGGUAACAAAUUGAUAAAAAAAAAGAUUUAUUUGAUUAUUUGAAAUAGUGAAUUCACUUAAAAUUACGGUGUAUUCGUUAAACGAUUGACCGGCUGCGGGCAAAAUCAACAAAUACGGUUUUUUUUAAAUAGAAUUUAUAGCCAAAUAAAUGACAAAUGUAGAAUUUUUUUUAAUUUACUCAAAUUCUUCUUUUUGUUCGAAGAAGAAGAAAAAAGUAUCGGCAUUUUCGCCCGCAGUUUGCUAAUCGAUUAUUUAAUUAAGGCUGAAAAUAUUAAUAAAUAGCGUCCACACCAAAAACAAAACCAAUAUAUAAAAUAUGGCAAUUGUUGUAUUCUCCUUUCACCUACUCUCGUUCUAGCAUAGUGUUGUUACUUUGAAACGACCCUCUUUUGAAGAAAAGAAAUGAGUUACAUUUUGUCAAAGAAUUUCAUUUGAAAUGAAAAAAAAAACACUCCUGAAUUUAAAUGUGAAUUCAAAAAUCCCCGUUUCAACGACAAAAAAGUAGAAUAAAAAACAAUAAAAGACAAAUUUCGUCCCUCAAACUUGUCAAAACAUGACAGAUAUGUUCAUUUUCUCAGAUAUUUUCAGCCGAAUUACUACUCUUUCAUUUUAUAGAAAACGGAGAAUGUUAAAAAUGAUUUUGAAGCGAAACAAAGCCGUUAGAAUCAUGCGUUAAAUGAAAAAUCUAUGUUAAUAUAUUGAAAAUUAGCAAUAAAAAAAAUAAUGAAAGACUCAAUUCAACUGGUUAGAUAAUAAUUUGAUAUAAAGUAAGAAAACACUGUUGACCAUAUCGAUUGGAAAUAAAUUCACACCAAUACUGAA